GCUUCCCAGCCUGGCUGAAAGGGCUCGCGUAGCCGGCCUUGUCGGCCCUUAAAGCGCUCAGUGGGCGGCCUGGCCCCCCAGCUCCCCUCCCGAGCCUCGCAAAGAGAGCUGCCCCUGGCUCUCGUCAGCCCCUCAGGUUUGCUUUCCUUCCCUUCCCGCAGGUGGGCCCGGAGGUCCACCGCCGCGGAGGCUGCGGCCGCGGGGAAGCCCCAAGCCGAGUGUCGGGAGACUAACCGGAAGUGCGGUCCCAGGCGGAGGGGCGGUGCCGGCGGCUGCGGGGGAUUCUUGAUGUUUUGCCUAGAGCUGGUUGGGAAGGACCUGAUGGCCGCCAGUGGCAGGUGCCUCUUGCAGGAGAAACAGAAUGUAAGUGAAUGUGGGAAGAGGAGAAGGAAGAAUUGAGUGUUGUGAAUACUUAAUGGACCAGAGAGAGACCUUUUGAAGCCAAAAGGAAGACCGUCUUUUGAGUCGUCUUUGUUGUUACGAAGGCCAUCCGCUGAGAGAGAUUGGCCCGGCGGGCCCAGGAAGCACGGUGCUCUCCCCGCAGCUAGCUUCCAGGGUUGGAAAUACCGAGUAAGGAAUUAGUGUAUAGGAUGCUGGGAACUUGUAGAGAUGAACCACUCGUGACUGAAAGGCCUAGAACCGAUGUGUCUUUCAAGUUCUUACCACAAAGACCGCUAUGAAGAAGAUGAUGGGUCAGGAAGACCAGUGGAAAACUCCCUAGGAGAGAGCCAUAGAAAAUGUACGCUUCAGAAGACAAAGAUAAGCAGAGAACUCAGAAAAGGAAAAUAUAUCAUGUAUGCCCUCAGAAGGGUAAAAAGAUUUUUAUUCAUGUGCAUGAGAUUUCUCAGCUAGACGAUCAGCUGUACCAGUGCCUUGAACGUGAGCAAAACUUCUGUGAACACUUAGCUCUUAUGUGUGAGAGAUCCCAUCCUGGGGAGAAACCUUACAGAUGUGAUAUGUGUGAGAAAAGCUUCAUCCAAAGCUCAGAUCUUCUCUCACACCAGAGGAUCCACAAUUACGAGAAACCUUAUAAAUGUAGCAAAUGCGAGAAGAGCUUCUGGCACCACCUAGCCCUGUCAGGACACCAGAGGACACACGCAGGUAAAAAAUUCUAUACGUGUGACAUCUGUGGCAAGAAUUUCGGCCAGAGCUCAGACCUGCUUGUCCACCAGCGAAGCCACACGGGCGAGAAGCCGUAUCUGUGUAGCGAGUGUGAUAAAUGCUUCAGUCGAAGCACAAACCUCAUACGGCACCGAAGAACUCACACAGGUGAGAAACCGUUUAAGUGUCUGGAGUGUGAAAAGGCUUUUAGUGGGAAAUCAGAUCUUAUUAGCCACCAGAGAACUCAUACUGGUGAAAGGCCCUACAAGUGUAACAAGUGUGAGAAAAGUUACCGACACCGUUCAGCCUUCAUUGUUCACAAGAGAGUUCAUACUGGGGAGAAGCCCUAUAAGUGUGGCGCCUGUGAGAAGUGCUUUGGCCAGAAAUCAGACCUUAUUGUACAUCAGAGAGUCCAUACAGGUGAGAAGCCGUAUAAAUGCCUGGAGUGUAUGAGAAGUUUUACGCGGAGCGCUAACCUCAUCAGGCAUCAGGCAACUCACACUCACACUUUCAAAUGCCUUGAAUAUGAGAAAAGUUUCAGCUGUAGCUCAGACCUCAUUGUGCACCAGAGAAUUCACAUGGAAGAGAAACCGCAUCAGUGGUCUCCAUGUGAGAGUGGCUUCCUCCUAGGCAUGGACUUUGUUGCCCAACAGAAAAUGAGAACUCAGACAGAAGAGCUGCGUUAUAAGUACAGCGUGUGCGAUAAAACCUUCCACCAGAGCUCGUCCCUUCUGCAACAUCAGACAAUCCAUAUUGGUGAGAAACCGUUCAUCUGUAAUAUGGGUGAGAAAGGUCUUGAGCUCAGCCCUCCCCAUGCAUCCGAAGCCUCACAAACGUCUUGAUCGGACAAAGCGUUAUAAUACCAUAAAAAGCGUAUGUACAUGUCCGAGAACUCCCAAGAUAAAGGACUCUAGGCAAAUCUCAGACUUUCCUGAGAGCUCAGACUUCAUUGGGGACCAGAGAAUGCAAUUGUGGGAAGUUGAGAAAUGGUUUGCCCAGAGAGCCACCCUAGCAGGAAACUUUACCAGUCACUCCAGUGAGAAACCUUACGAACGCCCUGAGUUUUGGAAAAGCUGUAGUCCAAGCUCAUAUCUGAUCACCCACAGGGGGAUUCGUACAGGUGGGAAACCUCCCAAAUGCAGUGAGUGUGAGAGAACUUUCUAGCAGCGCCCACCCCUCCUCGUCCCAAGAGAAUUCAUACCAGAGGACUUUCUAAAUGCCCUCAGCGUAAACAGAGCUUCAGACAGUAUGCGCCUCGCAUCGGAUGUCAGAAAGCCCACACUGGGGAGAAACCCCAGCCAGUGUGUAAAAAACUUCUAACAGAACUAUGACUUUCUUACUCUUCAGAGAAGCCAUACUGGUGAAAGUGUGUCUAUUUGUCUUGAAUGUGGUGAAUCCAUUCAUUGGGAGAGCCUUCUUGGGUUUGCACCAAAGAAACCCAAUCUGAGGAAAGACCUUACAGAGUCUCUGAGAAGAACUUCUGUCAGCAAUCUGCUCUUGUGGUAUACCGGGGAGCUCACAUAAGUGAAAAAGUCCCUUGAGUCUGAAAAAAGCCUUGCUAGAAACUCUCCUACCUUAUUGGGUCCCAAAGGACGUACUUGGCAGACAACUUUUUGCCAGUGAGAGACCCGAUUGUGAACUGUGUACAUACAAUAGGUAUGAAGAGAACUGCUCUCAUAGUUAGUUGGCCCAUACGGUAGAGGGGACUUUUAACGGAGUUGGUAUGUAAACAGGUGUUUAGAUCCCCAGGAACCCGUCCGGGGUGGGGGGUGGGGGGGCGAGGGCAAGUCGCGGCAGGCUUCAUGGGUAACUCAGGUAAAGAUGCUUUUCUUUUAUCUGAACCACUUAAUGAUUACUUUACUUUCGCUUUUUAAAAUUUGGAAAUCCAAUAAAGGAAAGGACGUAACCUUGUGUUAGAAGGUGUGACGUGUUACUGUUGGGGGAAAGGAUUAUGGUGACUUUGCCUCUGUCCCUUUUAUUAUUCUUGACCAGAAUGAGGACUAGCAUGUUGACAGUAGCCUGGGGACCAUUGCUGGUAGUGAAAAGAACUGAAGGGCCAGGGAAUAGUUGCACUAGAUCAAAAUUUCCCCCAAAGCUCUCCCUUCGGAGGGCCAGUGACAUAGAGACAGAAUACUCAGCUUUUGUCCUGUAGUGUGAGUUGAGGCACCGCCUCCAAAGUUUCCUUUCCCUGAAACAUCUUUGAGAUGAUCACUGAUGUUUGGAAUCUCAGCUUGAGAGGUGGAUUUCUUUCCAACUAGAAAUGCACAUUUCAGCAGAUUGUCGUGAUGUUGUUAGCGUCUGUUGGGACUUCAUCGCAUCUCUUUCAGUGAGAAGCUACGCGCUCCAGCUCCUCGCAGAAUGAUUAAGGGAAACCAAAAGAAAGGUUUAAGCCUGAGCAGGCACAGAAUAGAAUGCGUAAAGAUGCAUUAUUAAUGGAGGAGCUAAACUUCUCGAUUCUGAGUAUCCCGACUCCAGAGCUGGCGUUCUUGUCACUCCGUUAUCCCGCUGUUUGUAGCAAAUCAAGCCCCAUAAUGACACACCUUUCGUUUAUUUCAGAGUUCUGCCAAGGAAAGAGAGAAUACUUUUAUUCCCAGAGAAAGGGUUGCAGUCACAACACAAGGUAUCCAUUUGGCUUGAGAUGUAGGAUUCUAAGUGCUAGAAGGGAAAAUUAGUUGGCAGAUUCAUCAGAGGUUUAAGGAUGAGCACGUGCCUGCAAUUUGCCAGGAUAAUUAUGAUUAUCUUUAACAUUCUCUAGAAAUAUUGUAAUCAAUCCAGGGAUUAUAAAUGGACAAUUCUGAGGGUUUUUUUCCUUCUCUCAGAUUAAAAGACAUUCAGUAUAAAUACUUAAGAUUCCUACAGUAUCUGGGACUGUAGACUGAUGAGUAAAUAUGUUGUUGCUAGUGCCGUUCUCUGGUUUAGUUUUUAACAAGUCCCUGCCCUGCAGAGAGCGCUGCCAUUCGGACUCGUGGGUGGCCGGCCGCUACCUUGUGUGUGGCUCUGAGCUUUGAUCCUAGUGACUGGCUGGUGAUCUUGAAAACCUUAGGGUCAGUGGAUGGAGCAUAUGGUGGUAAUAAGGAAUCUGAUUCUAGGGGAUUUUGUGUGUGUGUGUGUGUGUGUGUGUGUGUGUGUGUGUGUUUGUUUUUUUGGAAAACAAAUGCUGGAAGUUUAUUCGAUCUGAUGUGUUGUGGUAAUUUUCUUAAGUAGCUCUUACACCAUGAGAAGUUGCCCAGUGUGAUAAAACACGCAAGAUGUAUCUGUUUCUCUUUGGUGCAAACCGUGCCCAUCACUAGUGUAUGUUUCACAAUUGUGAUACUUAAAAUAGUAUGGGGUGUGUGGCCUGGUGGUGCUGACAGUCCUUGUGGCUGCUUGUGAGUCGUUGGAACUUGGAGAAGGGGCGGAGUUUGUAUCCUUGGCAGGGCGGUGACUUGCCCCUUAUUUCAACUAAUCUUACUGGUAAUUGUCUCUAGUCUUUAAGUAAAUUGAGGAUGGACCAUCCCUCAAAAGGAGAACGUUAGGGGUAUGCGACAGGUCUGAGGGUGAGGGCUUUUACCUGGGGGGGGAAGGUGUUGGUGUUAUUCAGAGAGCAUAACCUGAGGUUGGAGAGGCCAGCUUGGGAGCCUGUAACCAGAACUAGAAGGUCACUUCUGGGAGGGACGGAGGCUCUCUUGUGACAGUGCCAACCGAAAUCUACCUCAGGUAAGUAGAGUACCUUUCAGGAUCUCAGACCAAACGGGACACUUGUAUUCAGUCCAUGUAUUCCUAUGCUUUAAUGUUUUCGUUUU